UUGACAGCUCAGGCCGAGGAGAAGGAGCAGGUGUCGCGAGAGUUGGCGCGCCGCCUGGUGCGGGCUGUCAUUAUGGCGAGCCUGGGAAGCGAGGCCGAGCGGGAGCCUCUCCUGGGCCCGGGCUCCCCCGGAAGCAGGAAUCAAAUAGAAGACCCUGACUUUACCCCACAAACCUAUGAACACCCGAUUUUCGAUAAAGGAGCUAAAAGUAUACAAUGGAAAAAAGAGCAUUUUCAACAAAUUGUGCUGGCAAAACUGGAUGUCAAUCUGUAGAAGAAUGAAAAUAGAUCCAUAUCUAUCACCAUGCACAAAAAUCAAGUCCAAAUGGAUUAAAGACCUCAAUAUUAGUCCGAACACACUGAACCUGAUAGAAGAGAAAGUGGGAAGUACUCUACAACACAUGGGCACAGGAGACCACUUCCUACGUAUAACCCCAGCAGCACAGACACUAAGGGCAUCAUUGAAUAAAUGGAACCUCCUGAGACUGAGAAGCUUCUGUAAAGCAAAGGACACUGUCACCAAGACAAAAAGGCAACCCACUGACUGGGAGAAGAUCUUCACCAACCCCGCAACUGACAAAGGUCUGAUCUCCAAAAUAUAUAAAGAACUCAAGAAACUAGACUGUAAAAGGCUAAUCAACCCAAUUAUAAAAUGGGGUACCGAGCUGAACGGAAAAUUCUCAACAGAAGAAGUUCAAAUGGCCAAAAGACACUAAGAUCAUGCUCAACUUCCUUAGCGAUCAGGGAAAUGCAAAUCAAGACAACUUUAAGAUACCAUCUUACACCUGUCAGAAUGGUUAAAAUAAAAAACACCAAUGAUAGCCUUUGCUGGAGAGGUGGUGGAGAAAGGGGUACACUCAUCCAUUGCUGGUGGGAAUGCAAACUUGUGCAACCACUUUGGAAAGCAAUAUGGCGGUAUCUCAGGAAAUUCGGGAUCAACCUACCCUUGGACCCAGCAAUACCACUCUUGGGAAUAUACCCAAGAGAUGCCCUAUCAUACAAAAAAGUAUAUGCUCAACUAUGUUCAUAGCAGCAUUGUUUGUAUAGCCAGAACCUGGAAACAACCUAGAUGCCCUUCAAUGGAAGAAUGGAUGAAGAAAGUAUGGAGUAUAUACAUAUUAGAGUACUACUCAGCAGUAAAAAAACAAUGACUUCUUGAAUUUUGCAUACAAAUGGAUGGAAAUAGAAAACACUAUCCUGAGUGAGGAAAUGUGGCUGUUGUCCGAUCAUACAUUGCUGGUGCCACUUCCCUUCAGGAAAGAACAAGUGCCAUGGCCAAUACGAGCAUGUGCCAAGCCUUGGGCUUCAUUUUGGGUCCAGAACACCCAGUUUGAAAAAAGCCAAGAUGGCUUUGUGACGUAGCUCCGCCUGAGGAAAAGCUGAGGCGCAUUCUCCAUCUGCCCUCUUUCGCCACGGCCGUGGGAAUGGAUACAUCUGCCCACGUGCGGAAGGUCAGCAGGCCAUGACAACGACCACAACCAUCACCACCGUAACCGCAAAGCGCUCUAUCUCCUGCCCUACUGACCCUCUGCGGCUGUCCUCUCGCACCUCGCAGCUCACAGAGAUGGCCACGAACAGUCAAGAGCACAUUGACGCUUAUGAGGCAUUGGAUCUUACAGAAUUUGGCAAAAACCAGCCGUGGUGGCGCAAACUUUUUGGGCAGGAGACACGGUCUGCGGGAGAGAAGUACAGUGUGGCAACCCAGCUCCUGGUUGGCGGCAUCACGGGCUGGUGCACUGGCUUCAUAUUCCAGAAAGUUGGAAAGCUAGCUGCCACAGCGGUGGGAGGGGGCUUUUUUCUACUUCAGCUCGCAAAUCAUACUGGCUACAUCAAAGUUGACUGGAAUCGCGUAGAGAAGGACAUGAAAAAGGCCAAGGAACAACUGAAGAUUCGGAAGAGCGCCCAAAUACCAACUGAGGUCAAGAGCAAACCUGAGGAGUUGGUUUCGUUCGUAAAGCAGAAUGUAUUAGUAACUGGAGGAUUUUUUGGAGGCUUUCUGCUCGGUAUGGCAUCCUAAAGGGGUAUCACUCCACUACCACGGUUCAGCAGCCUCUAUAUAUCAUCGUAGAAAAAUCCAGAGGCUUUCCACUUCCUCUUCAUGCCUGCCCUCCUCCCUGUUGUAAAUCUGCCCAUGCAAAUUAACACAGGUCCUCCCAUGGGCUUGACAAGCCACAGGGCAGCGCACUCUCCAUCUGGAGGUCAACAGGAAUGGGCCUUCCCCCGUGUGUAAAACCUGCCCCAAACCAUCUUUAAGAUCUGUCCCUAACAGUCGAGCUGGAAGAGCGCUAUGUGGAAAGGAACUGAACGUGUCUGACUUUGAGCAUGGGAAGAAAGUAAAGCAGGGGAAGUUGUGGGAGUACCACCCGCUAGUCAGCUGCUUUAGGGGACAGUCUCCUUACAGACUUUACAAGUAGACUGGUGCUUUCUUUUCCUCUGGACACUUCUCCAGUAAGCUGUAAUUAUAGCUAUCUUAGUUUGGAACUCAGAAGUGUGACUCUCUUCAAAAAGGGCCAUAAUCUAAAUCCCUGAAAGCUUAACUAAGUCCUGUUUGCUUUUCUUUUUUUGGGGGAAGGGGUAGGGUAGGGUAGGCCUAGGGCCUUGCUCCUACUACUUGUACUAGGCCAAGGGCUGCCACUGAGCUAUAUUCCCAGGCUUUUGGGUAUUUUUCAUUUUGAGAGGUCUCACUAAAUUGCUCUCGCUGACCUGGAACUUGACAUUCUUAUGUCUCAGCUUCCUGUGGAGGUGGGAUUACAGGUCCAAGUCACAGGGAACAGCUUCCCCAAGACCUUAAGAAAGAACUGAAGAAUACAUCUCCGAGUCUACUUUGCCUCUUCUCAAUCUUCUCAUUUGCCUUUCCCCCCAGGAUUAGUAUGCCAUAACCCAUCUAGCUGGGCUCUCUACUUCAGGGCCUCGACUACUUCAAUCAAACGUCAGCUGGGGGAAAUUUUCAACUAGACGCUUCAAGAAGAACAAUCUGCUUUCGGGCCUAGGUCUGGGGUACAUUUUCUAUAUUUGCAACUGUAGGAUUGAUUCACAUUUUGUGCUUUGUCAACCAGAGGACCAGCUCAGCUCUGGGAGGCCAUCCACACAGUUGAUCUCACACGGACUUUGCUCUCGCCAUACAAAUCAGAAACAGCACUGACUUCUUUUCUUCAUGACCAGGUGGAGAGAGAGACGGCCUCUGGGGUCAACACCUCUGCAGAAAGGGCAACUGUGUGAGUGCAAUCAGUGUUUCCACUGCCUGUUGAUCAGAAGGUAAAAAUCAUGGGUUCUGCCCAAACUCAACACUGUGAGCAUCGGAAAACAAUGAUCUUAAGGAUUACCUUGGAAACUGUAUGCUAUACAGGAAGAAGAAACGGUUACUUCUCUGUCUUUGAGUAUGUCUGAGUUUCCAUCUUUAAUACCAGGAUUAGAUCUUCAUAUUUCUACCAAUGUGGGGGGGGGACCCUAUUAAAUCCACAAGCUCCGUAGACCUGAGAAAAACCAUUUGUUUAUAAGCCAAUUGGGUCUUUACAGUUUAAAUUAUGUUUAUAUUCUUCCAUUCACUUUAAACUCUUUCUUAAAAAACAAC